CGCUUCAGCCCAAACCAACGUGACCACUGCUGCGCUCUCUGCCUCUCUCGCUCACGGUUCGCACGAACAGAGCACGCAGGGGUCAGGGGAGAAAAGAGAAGCGACACGGACGGACAGCAAGCCAGCAACCCUAGGGCGAUUCAGUCGAUCCAAGCGGAGGCGGCGGCGGGCCGGCGGCGUGGCGCGGCUACGAACAGCGGGCGACGGCCGGCGGCCGGCGAACCAGCAACCGCGGCGCGGCGAACGACCACCAGCGAGCGGCGAUUCGGCGACGCGAUGUCCAGCCAGAGCCAGAGCCACGGCAAGGGGAAGGGGCCGACGGGCAAGAUGAAAAAGAAAAGUGCUGCUGAUAGUGCCAUACUUACAAUGUGGGGAAAGGCUUCAAAAGCAAAAAAGAUUGAUGAAAGAUCAACACCUAGUCAGCCUGAGAGUAGUCUGCAAUUGGUUCUAUUUCAAGCACCGGAUGCAGGACUUGAACCGGAGAGCAGCGGCGCAAACCCAGUCCCAAUUAUGGUAGAUAAUGAAGAAAUUGAUGAAGAUGAUGAUGAACCAACACAAGCUGAUUUGGGGGUACUUGAACAUGAUCCUGGGAAGCGAAUUCCCAUCUCAAGGUAUGCUGUCAAUGACCAAGAUAGAGUGAGGAUGAGAUACAUUGAGUUGGGGCCAUGUCAACCAAAGAACCAUAAGUUCAAGGUUACAAAAAAAAGUGGAAUGGACCGUCGCUUUUGCCAUUCUUGGUUUAAAGAAUUUCCAUGGAUUGAAUAUAGUGUAGAAAAAGAUGCUGCUUUCUGCUUUGUUUGCUACUUGUUCAAGGAUAGAACAAAAAGUCCGGGUGGAGAUUUGAUGAGAGAUGGAAGGUUUACAAACUUGAAGAGUAUAAUUGAACUUUCAGCUAUGCUUGUGGAGACAAACAAACAUCAACAAUACUUUCUUGUUUACAAACUUCUUAAGUUGGUACUGAUUUUGCCAGUAGCUACUGCUAGUGUUGAAAGGGUAUUCUCCUCAAUGAACUAUGUGAAGAAUAAGCUAAGAAACAAAAUGAGUGAUGAAUAUUUGAACAAUGCUUUGGUUACAUUUGUUGAGAGAGAUUUUUUCAAUCAAGUGAAGGAUGAAGAUGUCAUCAAAAUAUUCCAACAAGGCGAUCGGAGAGUUACAUGGUAAUAGGAUCAAUUAUUCUAUCAAGAAAAGGUACUGCUUGUAUGCCUCAAUGCAAAUGAUCAGUUGUAUUUAUUGAUAAUUACUAUGGAUUUAUGGUUUUAUGAACUUAUAUAUUUUGUGUUGUUAUUUGACUAAAAUAUUGUUGGUA